AUGGGGGCGACAGGUGUGGCCAGUGAAUCACUCUUUAGAGUGCCUUAUUACCUGAAUAACUUUGAGACCUUGCUUAACUCGGUGAUGGAAGAUGAAACCAACAAGAAGUUGUUCAACAAGGAAGAUUUACAUAUAAUUACAGUGUACCAGAAUCUUUCAGAUGGUGCAAAGAAAUUGUAUAUAAGGAUGUUCACCCGUAAACUGCACUGGAUCCCCCAAAAUAAGUUGAAAUAUCCAGAGAUUGGUGAAAAUUUAAACCCAUUCUUGCAGGAGUUGGCUGCAGCUGCUUUAAUUGAUUGUGAUGAACAGCUGACUGACCUGGAGGAGGUACUUAAAGCUUUAGCUGCUGCUGAUAUUAAGACGUUAGCAAAGUCAUAUCACAUUGCACCCAGUAUCAGCCAGAAGGGACAGCUGGUGCCAGAACUUUUGAAGAAAUCUCAGCAGAGUACUCUGGCCACUAUGUUAGGGUCCAGCGAUGGAGGCGUGGCCAAAAGUAUGCUAGCCAGGGCCAAAAAGUACUUGAAUGGUAUUUACAAACUAAAACAUGCGCCCAGAGGUGUGUUUGUGAGAGUGAUGAUGCUGUUCUCCUUGGUGAACACCCUGGUUGACGAAGACAAGGGAACUGGUGGUCAAGGACAAUUGUUUCAGAUGUUGAUGGUGAAUAUGGGCAAACUGGUCUAUCCAGCCUACACAAUAGAAAAGGUUCAUCAUAUAUUUCAAGACAGAGAGGAUCUUAUAAGAUUUGAGAAUGCCUUACAACUGGAAUCAGAUCUUCUACACUGUAUAGAUAGAGGCAACUGGGAGCAAGCCUAUGUUGUAUUUAAAUCUAUUGAGAAAGAAUGGACUUUGCUUACAGCUAAUUCACUUAUUGCAGAAUGGAACCAAAAACUGCCGUCAUUCCUACGUUGUUACACAGCUACAUCAGUUAUUCAUCGUCUGCUGUGCUCUAGUGUUGAAAUACUCCAGCGGCGCAAGGACUACACAGCUGCAGUAGAUCUCCUGCAGACACUUCUGUCUGAAACACUGUACAACAGCAGCCACCGGGGUUACCUGUGGGAGCGCUUGGCUUUGAAUUUAGAUGCCCACAUGAAGCAGCCUUUAGAGUCCUUGGAAGCUGUCAAGAAUGGCCUCACAGACAAAUUUGUACGGGUAGGACACAGAUAUGCUUUGUAUUUGAGAGCAGAGAGUAUCUGUCAGCGUGCAAAGCUGAAACUUCAACAUCGGCUAGAAGAGUUUCACCAUGAAGUUGUGCGGAAAACACCACAGGUUUCCAUCGAGGGUCGAGUCCUACACCAGGGUGUCAGCACAAAUGGAACCAGGUUUCUGACAGAAGAGUCCUAUGUUGAUGGAAAUUCAGAAGAUAUGACGGUGGUUGGGGUGGAGGAGUAUGUGCUAGGUUACUACAAGAAAAAUGGUUUUCCAUCAGGAAUCCAUGCUGAAGGUUCAGUUGUGUCCACCUUGUUUGCUCUCUUUUUCUGGGACAUUCUCUUCAUGGACAUGCCUGAUGCCUUUCAUAGUCCUUUUCAAGCUCUGCCACUGGAUCUGCACAGUGACAUGUUUUAUGACAGGAGGAAACACUUAAUAGAGGAGAGGCUGGCAAAACUUGAGAAAAGCUCUGUGCAGGAACUUCAAGUUCAAGCAGAGGAAACAUGGACCAGCCAAUAUGGUGUUGUAUGUGCCUGCAUUAACUGGGACAGGAUUUCUCUUGACAGUAUUAAGGAACUGUUGAGCUGUAUCGGUGGAGAAGUUCUUAGUGGGCUCAUAGGACGUUACGCGCGGUGUCCACGGCAUACCAGGAGUGGUUUUCCUGAUCUGACUCUGUGGAAUGUUGACACAGGAGCUUUAAAGAUUUGUGAAGUAAAAGGACCAGGAGACAGACUGUCGCACAAACAGAUCCUGUGGAUAGAUUAUUUGUUGAGCCUGGGUGUUGAUGCAGAGGUUUGCCAUGUUAAAGCUGUUGCUGCUAAGAAGUUGAAACCAUCCCAGCAGUAA